AUGGCGUGCCGCGAGCUGCGGGGCGGCCGCGACGUGCCCAGCCGCUGCCGCCGCUACCGCCUGGCCGAGCUGGCCAACUUCUCGGCGCGGGGGCUGCGGCCCGGCACCGACGUGGACCUGUCCCGCCUGCCGCAGGAGCGCUGCCUGGACGGCUGGGAGUACAGCCGGGACGUCUACCAGCGCACCAUCGUCACGCAGUGGAAUCUGGUGUGUGACGAUGACUGGAAAGCUCCUUUAACUACCUCCUUGUUUUUUGUGGGCGUGCUAAUCGGAUCUUUUGUAUCAGGACAGCUCUCAGACAAAUUUGGCAGGAAGAAUGUUCUGUUUGUGACCAUGGGGGUGCAAACUGGCUUCAGCUUUCUGCAAGUCUUCUCCAUCAACUGGGAGAUGUUUUCAGUGCUCUUUGUCCUCGUCGGCAUGGGACAGAUCUCUAACUAUGUGGCGGCUUUUGUGCUUGGCACGGAAAUUCUUGGCAAAUCAGUUCGCAUAAUAUACUGCACGUUAGGUGUUUGCAUAUUUUAUGCAUUUGGCUACAUGUUGCUGCCGCUGUUUGCUUACUUCAUCAGAGACUGGCGGACACUGCUUCUGGCUCUUACUUUACCUGGGCUGCUCUGCAUUCCUCUGUGGUGGGUCAUCCCAGAAUCCCCCCGGUGGCUAAUCUCCCAAGGAAGAUUUCAAGAGGCAGAAAUGAUCCUCCGUAAAGCUGCAAAACUUAAUCGGAUUACAGCUCCCGAUGUAAUAUUUGACCCUAUGGAGAUGCAAGACUUGGAUUCCCAGGUGCAGCAAACGUACAGCUUUUUGGACCUAUUGAGGACCCGAAAUAUCCGAUCUAUCACUAUUAUGUCAGUGAUUCUUUGGAUGAUAAUCUCUGUCGGCUAUUUUGGUCUCUCACUUGACACUCCUAACUUGCAUGGAGAUGCCUAUUUAAACUGUUUCCUUUCGGCGGUUACCGAAGUUCCAGCCUAUGUUAUUUCCUGGCUUCUUCUCCGAAAUCUUCCCCGACGGUAUUCAAUAUCAGCUGCGUUGUUCUUGGGAGGCUGUGUUCUUCUCUUCAUUCAGCUGGUGCCUGCAUCUCUUCAAAUCAUGUCCAUUAUCCUGGUCAUGUUUGGGAAAUUUGGAAUCACAUCUGCCUUUUCAAUGGUUUAUGUGUACACUGCUGAGCUGUACCCAACAGUUGUGAGAAAUAUGGGAGUUGGAGCAAGUUCCAUGGCCUCCAGGUUGGGCAGCAUCCUCUCGCCAUACUUUGUGUACCUUGGUGCUUAUGACAGAUUCCUGCCAUACAUCCUGAUGGGAAGCUUGACUGUGCUGACAGGAAUCCUUACUCUCUUCCUCCCAGAAAGUUAUGGUAUUCCUCUCCCAGACACGAUUGACCAGAUGCUGCAGGUUAAAGGAAUCAAAUACAGACAUUCAUCUAGUGGUCCAAGGGUUUCAAAGGAUGAAGAAGAAAGUCCCGUGAUUCUUAAAAGCACAGCUGUUUGAUGCAUCUACACUGCAUACUUCAUGAUGGACUGAAAAGUAGAGACUUUUCUUUAAUUUUUCUACCAGAAAGUGCUAGUGGCAACGUUUCAUUUCCUGUAAUUAUAAACUUAUUUAUUAAACACAGUUUUCAGUAGGUUCCAUUUUAUAUGAACACAAAUACUGGAGGUCCCUCCCUGAAAUCUCUGUCAGCACUUGUUUAAUAUGUCAGUUAUACUGAGCGCUAUGUGAUCAACAGAGUCAGAGUCUGCAUCUUCAAAUAACGAUGAAACUCUGUGUACAAAGGUGCUUGAAGAUGAGGUCUGGAGUGACUUCAGUCCUUAGGGAACCUUCACAAAACAUACUGCAUAUCAG